CUUUCAAAUCCUGUCCCCAGUUGAAGAAACGCUCAUUGAUCUUCUUUUCUGUUGUUCGCCAGUGGCUUUGUAUCUAUCGACGAUGUCUCAAGGGAAACCCGCCGAAGACCAGGACAAGGAUGACAUUGUCUACCCAACUGGGCUCAAGCUCGCUCUGCUGAUAACUUCCAUUUUCAUUGGCAUGUUCCUGGUUUCUCUGGACCGGCUCAUCAUCUCGCCCGCGAUUCCGCAGAUCACCGACGAGUUUCAUUCAGCAGGAGAUAUUGGGUGGUAUGGCACGGCGUACCUGCUCACCAACUGUGCUUUUCAGCUGCUGUUUGGGAAGAUAUACACUGUUUUCAGCAUCAAGGCCACCUUCGUGACGUCCAUUGUCCUGUUCGAGGUCGGUUCAGCCCUCUGCGGCGCGGCUCCAAACUCGAUCGGGUUCAUUCUCGGCAGAACCAUUGCUGGCCUGGGUUCUGGAGGCAUUUCUGCAGGUGCCAUGACAAUCCUCGUGUAUGCGCUUCCACUGCACAAGCGGCCCAAGUAUCAGGGGGCCUUUGGGGCUGUGUUUGGGGUCGCCUCGGUGGCUGGCCCGCUGGUUGGCGGCGCAUUCACCACCAACAUCACCUGGAGAUGGUGCUUCUAUAUCAAUCUUCCCCUAGGAGCAAUGGUAAUUGCGGUCAUCCUUCUUUUUCUCGACAUUCCCGACCGUCCGAACACCCAGAAGCCACUGAGGGAGAAGCUGCGUCAGCUGAAUGGUCUGGGAAUACUUGCUAUCAUUCCUGGGAUCGUUUGUCUUUGCUUGGCUCUGCAGUGGGGUGGUACCAAGUACGCGUGGAGCGAGGGUCGGAUCGUCGCGCUGCUGGUGUUGGCCUUUGUGUUUCUGAUCGCGUUCGUCUUGAUCCAAGUGUGGAAGCCAGAGCAGGCGAUGCUGCCACCACACGUCUUCCUACAACGGACCAUCGCCUCUGGCUUUUGGGCAAGCUGCUGCCUCGGAGCACAUGUUAUCUUGUUCGUGUACUAUCUUCCCAUCUGGUUCCAGGUGAUUGACGGUGUCUCGGCCGUCGAGAGCGGCAUCCGCCUCCUUCCUAUGCUUCUUCCGCUGGUGGUAGCGUCCAUACUCACUGGCCAGCUAGUCUCCCGCAUCGGCUACUACACGCCCUUUCUGAUGCUGGGGAUCGUCCUGUCCACCAUCGGCGCCGGUCUGCUCACCACUCUCGGGGUCCACACACCAAAGGGCAAGUGGAUUGGCUUUCAUGUGCUAUAUGGCUAUGGCCUCGGCACCUGCAACCAGAUACCAAACAUGGCGGCGCAGACAGUGCUCCCCCGCGAGCAGGUGGCCAUCGGCGCAUCGCUCAUGUUCUUUGCUCAACAACUCUUUGGCGCGGUCUUUACGUCGGUCGGCCAGAACGUCCUCAGCAACCAGCUGGUCAAGCAUCUAGCGAUAAGUUCGCAAGUCGUCCAGAAUACAGGGGCCACCCAGCUUCUCGAUCACGUUCCUGUCGAGGACAGUGCUGCCUCGCUGGGGGCUUAUAAUGACUCACUGCGGGUGGUCUUCCAGGUUGGUCUCAUUAUGGCCUGCCUUGCCACCCUGGGUGCAGUGACUAUGGAAUGGCGUACUGUCAAGAAGAAGCAGCUGCCUUCCAAGUCUGAGACCAACGAUGGAUAGGUUGCGAGAGGGCAGCAAACCAGGUGAUUUAAGGGGGAAAUCUUUAGCGGGUGAACAGAAUAACCAGUAUGAUAGACUACAGACGGGGGACGGGAAAUCGAAGGUGUGG